AUGCAGGACGCCUUCCUAAUGCCUGCCAGUCAGACUGGUGAUCGCCGGAGCAGCACGGAUUAUCGACCCAGCAUAAAAAAAGCCCAGGGCCAUGUCCCCGCGUGUCUGGUCAAUGCCUCGGUGACGUACUGCAGCAAUGAUUUUUACAACCACGUGCUCAGGCUGGACUUGGAGACUUUGCGCUGGGAGCUUGUGGACAACUACGGCGACAUCCCCGGAGUUCGCAUGGGGCACACGGCAACAUUAUACCAAGGGGAUAAAUUGAUUGUGUUUGGAGGCGAAAAUGAACAUCGCGAAUACCUCUCUGACGUCGUCAUCCUUGAUCUCAAUACGUUCACCUGGGCACUUCCUGAAAUUCGCGGCUCGACCCCGCGCGGCCGAGCUCGUCAUGCUGCUGUCAUUCACGAAGACAAGCUUUUUAUUGUGGGUGGAGUGGCAGGCGUAGGAGGCGUGACAGGGGAGAAGAAUGUGAUCUUGGACGAUUUGACCUAUCUGGAUCUACAAACAUGGACCUGGUCUCGGACAUGGAGCUUCACUGCUCGCUUCGAUCAUACAGCCUGGGUUUGGGGUACACGGCUGUGGAUAUUUGGUGGAUUGGGUCCGAACAUGGAACGAACGACUGACAUCUGGUGGCUCGAUCUCAAGGGAUCUCCAUCGUUGGCCGGAAACACUACUCCCAAAGGUAACGUCAACUCCCUGUAUGUCAAUCUGUUUGCGGCUCAGCUCAUCUUCCAGACUCUAUCUCUAGCAGUACCCACCAAAUAUCUCCCCGCUCCGGAAUCUAUGCCGCCAACUCAGGCAGUGUGCAGGUUUGAUUCUGGUCCUCAUGUCCCCUCACUCUUUUCAGGUACUCAUUUUCACUCAUUUUCCUCUGGUGUUCUGCUCGAUCUAAUCACACCGUCGGAGACCGUACGUUCGCAUGAUUGUAACCUGUCUGCUCUAGACCUCAACUCGCUGCGCUGGCAACGGCUAGCUGAUGGUCAAGAGAUCUUCCGGCCAGGAUAUCGAUGGCACUAUUGCACUGUCAAUGACGCAGGCACCAAAGCAUGGCUCUUGGGAUGUAGUCUUGAUAUCGCGAAUGCUCCAGGAGGUAGCGACGAGAAUCAUAUGAGCGAAGUCCUGACUAUCGAUCUGGAAAAUUAUGGCUUACUAGGUAACGGCCUGUCGGCAGAAUCUCACGAACGAGGUGCACAUUGGUCGUCUGAUCAAAUAGGCUUCUCUCAGGUUUCCGGGUUGGGAACCGAUUUAGCUGCUGUUUUUGACAAUCCCGCCGAGUCUGGAAGUGGCACGGACUUUGUCAUUACUGCUAUUCGUGACGAGUAUGACGGGUACGCAUCAGAAGAUAUGGGUGACACGCUAUCCGUUUCCCCAACUCAGGCCCAGCCGACCUUUGUGGAGCAGAACCCCUGGACCUCGAAGCCCAUCCAUGUCCACCGUAUCAUUCUUCAGCUGAGGUGGCCACAUUUCAAGCGCCUGUACUCCGCCCAUAUGGCUGAGUACCAUACUAAGCGGAUGCACAUUCCCGAGUCUUAUUCUGUCGUGCGCGCUUUUCUCUAUUACCUGUACACAGACAGUAUCGCCGGCCACCCAGAUUAUUGCUCGACCGUUAUUGAUGUGGCGGGUAUGCUUGUUAUGGCCAAUCUUUAUGACAUGCCGAAGCUUCGCCUGCUGUGCGUCAAUAGGCUAGGACAAGAGCUUGAUGUAGACAAUGCAGCCAUCGUUUGGGAACGUGCGGGGCGGACCAAUGAGCACUGGCUGAUGCGCCGAGCAGCACAAUUUUGCAUGACAUACUGGGGCCGCGUUGUACGGACAGACGGUUUCAAAUCUCUCAGUCACAAGAGUUUGAUCCAACUCUGCGAGAUGGUGGACACAGAAGGCCGCAUCCUCGCAGGGCCUGAAUUGGAGAUGGUUACUUUUGGGGCAGAUGGCCUAGUUGACCGAGACAAAAGCUCUCGAAUGCGGCUGGGAUCUACUGCAGACGAGAUGUCCGAGGUCGACGCGGACGAUGAAGGGAUGGAGAUCUCAUGA